AUGGAGAAUCAGGAUAAUGAUAAUACAUACCAAGAUGAGCUAGACUCAUCCUGGGAUGAAGAUACAGAAACAGUCUAUGAGAUCAGUUCAUCCCAAGAUCUAAAUGAGGAACCAGAGAUCUGGGAUGUGGAAGAGAUUCCAGUGUUUGUUUUCAGCUCGCACGUCCCAAGGAAUAUUUUAGGGAUGUCUGGUGAUCAAGUUUCAAGAGAAGCUGCAAACCCUGACAACCACGUGAGACCACAGAACAUCAUCAACAUUGGGGGAAAUAUCCUCGAACUCCCUUUUCCAGUAAAGCUCUGGAUGAUCGUGGAAGAUGAUACCAUCCAAUCUGUGAACUGGAGUGAGAAUGGAGAUAGCAUCAUCAUUGAUGAAGAGCUAUUUCAGGGAGAAGUUCUUCAACGGACAGAUGCUGACAGAAUCUUUGAAACAGACAGCUUAAAAACCUUCAUUCAGCUACUCCACCUACAUGGGUUCAACAAAAUAGGCUUGAGUUCUUCAAGUGACAUUCCAGGAAAAAAAAGAGUUAAGGUCUACCACAACCCUAAUUUCCUGAAAGAUCAGCCUGAUCUCGUUGACAAUAUCCAAAGAAAAAGCAACCGAAGAAGAACUCCUCUCCCAGAGAGCACAAUAGCAACUCUAAAGGGAAAGAUGAUGGUACCUUUAGGACAUCUUCCUCAAGUCCACACCGGUAAUUCUACCCAAGAAGUUGAUCCAGAUUUAGAGAUGAAAGUUACUACUCAAGGCUCCGACAACCCUCAAUCUUCAACAUCAGUGAGCAAUAUAUAUCCAUCUCUUGUGGAAACUUGCAAUACUAGUGAGAUAUGUGAACAAAGAGAGGAGGGCAUUCCCAGCAAUAGCGUCUUUGAGUCUGUAACUAAUGAGAAAGUACAGGACCCAGAAAUGUCCAGCAGUCUCCCCAUGUCUUCUACUGGUGAUUCCAUGACAGCUUCAUGCAAUAACUCAAAAGACGAGAAUAGUGAUGAUGAGGACGAGCCAGAGGAGGGCCCCUCAGAUUACUAUUGUGAACUGUGA